AUGGACGCCCCAAACGCUGCGGCACCGAUUCUGCAGCUUCCAGCUGAAAUCUUGCAUCACAUACUACAGUGGAUAGCCCCAGCCGACCUCGUUAUACUGCCCCUCGUAUAUGUCUAUAUGAACACGCUGGAUGAACCAAGUGACCCGAGCCUUGACUACGAGCAAGAGAUUCACGACCUUGUGAAGCUUGAAAGUAUAUGCAAUAAUCCAGAGGUAAGACAAGAUAAGAAAUCCCGUGUUACAUUUCGAUUCACUCGUCUGCUCAAAAAUGCUUCACCUUCUCACGACGAGGCCAUCAACCUCUCCAAGACCCAUGCGCCAUCGCGCAAUGUCGCUCACCUUCAAAGUCUUUUCUCUCGAGACGACACUGCCGAGGCCUUCCUCCAGGGUUCAUCGCUUUUCAACCGCCUGCGCCGUCAACCCACGCGAGACAGUAUCUCUGCGCCCACCUCAUUUGAUGACGGCUACAGGACUCUCCAGCAAAAGAGCGCCCAUCUUCACUGCCUUUAUUCAAGGCCCAUACUCAACGUUGGCCGCCUACGAUCUAUGAAGACGUAUCCCUAUGCCUGCUCCAAGGUCUACGACUUGCGCCAGUUCACUCAGAACACAGGAUGGGGGCCAUUUAAAGACGACGGCACUUUCAAUGUUGACUGGGAAAAAGUGGAAGCUAUUCUCAUUGUUCUGGGCCACAACAUUGGCGCAAGACGCCAGAUUGCACGAAUAUUCGCUGGGGUUUGGGACAGCCCGUUCUCGGGUUCAUUUCAAAACAGUUUUAUGGCUCCUCCGCCUCGUGACAUUACUUCACUCGAGGCUCGCGACCCUUACGGAGUCACUGGCACAUGCGAUUUCUUCGCUUUCAACUUUGGCGACCCUGAACUACUCAUCACCUCCGAUGCACCGCGCCCACCACUUGAUGUGGGUGAAGCAACUCGCAUUAUUAUGAUGAAAGUCAAUGUCACAUCUAUAGAAGAACCAGGCCCCGAUGACGGCCAAGAGCUGCCAGUAGUUCACUUCCAGGGGGUCAGCUGUUCCUUGGACGAUCAGUUUGACGAUAAUGCCAACUCAAAUAUCCGAGCCGGAGCUAACAUGAGAACAUUCAACGUCAAAGGCACUGCUCGCCUGACAAAAGAAGGCGAGGUGAGAUGGACAACGUUCUCAAUCUUCCAUGGAGUCGAGCGCUGGCGCAGUGAGGGUGUUCAGAUCGGAGGCGUACGCUCCGCUCGAGGCGUCGUAGGAAACUGGUUCGAUAGUGACUACGAUGUUCACGGGCCUGCCGGUCCCACAGCCUUCUGGAAGGGCGCGACCCUUGCACAAGUCGCAAACAUGGAAGACGACCUUCUGCCAAACGACUUCUUCUUGCCAUACGGCGCUCUGAUCGACAUAGGUUCUGAGACUGACCCGGAGGGAGAAAUGCCGUACACUGGCGAAGAUGACGAGGACGAGGAUGACGAAGACGAAGAGAUGGAGGCAGCAGCAGGAGAGGAACUGAUGGCUCUACUCCAAGAUGCGAAUUUACCUUUAGAGGAGAGCCUCGCAAAUGGCCAUGCUCUGGACUGA